GUUCGCUUGUUUGUUAUGCGAUUUCUUGAACAAACAGCAAAAGAAUUUAUUUAUGUGAUCCGCCUUUCUUUUUCUUAUCCUAAAAAAAGGAUCACUCUCUACACAAGCAAGAAACAACCGAGUUGAAAAUACGAAAACGAGAUGCACCUGCCAAUCCUGGUAAUAGCAUACAUUGUCAAGACAGCGUUUGUUACGACGGUAGUACUCGCACAAGACACAAUCGUGGACGUCUUGUCCAACAAUGGAGCUUCUAAAUUGCACGACCUAUUGAUGAAUAACCCGAGCCACGGGUCGCUCGUCGAGUACAUGACACAAAGCGAUGCAAGCUACACAUUAUUUGCGCCGUCGGACGAUGCCAUGGAAAAAGCCGGAAUCGCAAAUGACGGUGACUAUACUGACCGUAUCCGUUACCACAUUGUGCCCGACAAACGAUUGUCAGCAGGCGAUAUCGACAACGAACAUCGACUUCGCAACAGUUCACUUAUCCCUGCCCAUGGCAAAAACCACCAUGUUCCACUACUGAUUGGCACGGGGCCUGAUGGCGUAUGGUCGUAUGGCAACAAGAGCAGAAUUGUCAAGGGAGAUAUCCAAGCAUCAAACGGAGUCGUCCACAUUAUCGAACGAGCAUUGGAAAUGCCUGGAUCCGCGGAGUGGGUGCUCCAGUCAUUACCCCAAACACGCGAUUUUGCACAGAAGCUCAAGAGCUCAAAUAUGUCGCUUCAAUUGUUUACCCACGCCACGGUGUUCGCGCCAACUAAUGAUGCUGUCAAAAGGCUCGAGGAUAUUUCUGAUCCCGCCAUGACUGCGCUCACGCUACAGCAUUUAAUCGUAGACAAGUCUUUUAACGCGACAUCGCUCCGUUACAGCGACAAAGUCGUCGAUAAUCAUGGAGUUGGAUUCAACGUUUCGCAUACGAACAACGUGUCUGCUGUUGAUGGAGUCUCUGUGCUGGUGCCGGAUCAAAUAUUUGACGAUGGUACGUACCUUAAGAGACAGCUCACCAAAGAUGGCUUACAAGGGAUUCUCACGGAUAUCAAUUUAGGAUUAAUCCAUAUAACGGAUGGUAUCGUGUUGCGUGGCGGACUUGAUCAACCAGACGCCACUUUACCGCAGCCAGCAGUAUCUGGUACCAUAACAACAUCUGUUUCUUUUUCGUCAUUAAUGACCAUAAUAGCUUCUAUAACAUUGUUUUUGGUAUUGAAAAAUUAUUAAAGGACAAGUGAGAGAGAAAAAAAAAUUACAAAUGUGCCUCUUUGAAUUUAAUGCAAAGUAUAUAUGUAUAUAUUGAAUAAGGGGUGCUGCUAUAG